AUGACGACAAUGUCUGAUCUUUCACCAGAUUUGGUAGGGGAGAUUCUCACUAGGGUUCCGAUGACAUCUUUGAUUUCAGUACGGUGUACUUGCAAAAUGUGGAACGCUUUAUCCAAAGAAGGUAUUUUCUUUAAAGCAGCAAGGAAGCAGUUUAUGGGAUUCACGAUGAUGGAUUCUAGGGUUUGUUCAAUGAAGUUUGAUCUCCAAGGAAUCCGAAACAACGAACAUGACUUUGUUGAUCCAUGUAUAAAGCAAAUUGCUAAACUUGAUCAAAUCGAGGUAUCUAAAGUCCUUCAAUGCGAUGGUUUGUUGUUAUGCGUCGGUAAGGACAACUCGAGGCUUCUAGUGUGGAAUCCUUAUUUAGGGCAAACAAGGUUUAUCAAACCAAGAAAAAGGUUUAACAAACUCGAAUGGUACGCUCUCGGAUAUGACAAUAACCACAACUACAAAAUCUUGAUGAACUAUGAUACAGGGCACCUUUUUGGUUACGAAAUCUACGACUUUAGCUCUGAUUCAUGGAGGGUUCUUGAUGUCAGUCCCGACUGCCAUAUACCGUUUCAUCAACAGAGCGUGUCUUUGAAUGGAAACACUUAUUUUCUUGCUCAAGAGAAGAUAAUUGUGGAAGGAGAAGAAGAAGAAGUAGUAGAUGAGAUUGAAAAGUUUUUACUCUGUUUUGAUUUUACUACAGAGAGGUUUGGACCGCGUCUUCCUCUGCCAUUUCACUCUGAUGUUUUGGAAACUGUGGCUAUAUCUUGUGUUAGAGAUGAUCAGCUUGCGGUGUUAUAUCAGCGGUUUGAAACAUGGGAGAUUUGGGUAACCACUAAGAUCGAUCCCACUGCGGUGUCCUGGAGCAUGUUUUUGUCAGUGGAUAUGGAACCACCCACUGGUUGUCAGUUCGAUGAUGAAGCUGGGAGCUUCUUUAUUGACGAAGAGAACAAAGUCGCUGUAUUUUUUAAUUCAGACUUGUUUAACCCAAGAGUAGAAAACCGAAACCGCCGCUACCCGACAGCUUACAUCAUUGGACAAGACGGAUACUUCAAAUCCGCGACUCUCCGGGAAGCUCCCGAUCUCGUAAAACCUGACCCCUACGUGUAUUGUUGCCCACUUGUGUGGUCUUCUUAUGCUCCAAGCUUAGUGCAACUCUAA